AUGGGGCAGAAGUCAAAGAUAAAACCAACAAACCUUGAGCCCCACCUACCCAAGGAAAAACCGACCCGCCAGCUCUGGAGUCUCGAUCCUAACACUGAGGUGCAAGCGGACCCCCACGAUCCUGGCAAGCGCGCAUCACGCGCUAGCUCUGAGGAUCUGACUCCCGUUCUUCAGCCACUGAUCCCACCCCACAACCAGGCCAAGGGUCAAGUGCAGACCCCGCCGCCACCUUCACAUGCACUGGAAGGAGGCUGCGCGCUGGCGCUGGUCCAGGCAGAGGGGGUGGGCACAAGACACCCCGCUGGGGACCCUCAGGCUGCGGACCCAGGGCCUAGCCUAGCCUUAGCCCGCAGCCUUCCGGAAGGAGGCGACCACACCUUCUGGGGCGCCAGACGGCCCCACCUUCCCGUGCGGUGCAGACAGAGGCUAGUCCCCGCCCUGCCUGAGAUCCAGAGGCCCCUCGCCCGGGGCACCAUGCUGUCCAGCGGGGGCUCCUAUGCCGGGAGGAAAAGAAAGAAGCCGGUACGGAAGAGUCCUAAGCCACAGCCUCCUGAGGGAGUCAAGUCCAACCCUUCCAAAAGGCACCGAGAACGCCUAAAUCAGGAGCUGAGCAAACUGACCACUUUGCUGCCUUUCCCCGAGGAUGUGCAGGCCCGACUGGACAAGCUCUCCAUCCUCAGGCUCAUCGUGGGCUACCUGAAGGUGAAAGGCUACUUCUCAGGUAAGUCCCCUGACUCAGGAGUGGCUGUUGGACUCCAACCAGGUACUUUGGGAGCAAGUGAACAUGCCUCUCCCCAGCUCAAUGCAGAACUCUUUUCUGAAGGAGACUUGCUUCUCCAGGCCCUCAAUGGUUUCCUCAUGGCUGUUACAGAAGAUGGCUAUGUUUUUUAUGUCUCCCCCACUGUCCAAGACUACUUGGGAUUUCAUCAGUCAGAUGUCAUCUAUCAAAGUGUGUUUGAGCUUAUCCACAAGGAGGAUAGACCUAUGUUCAAGAGUCAGUUGUGCUGGUCACCAGACCCGGACCCUGUCACCAAAGAGGCCAAGCAGAACACCAGUCAGAAAUCCUUGCCCCAUAUUAGGUCCUCAGGUGAUGACCAGCAGUAUCUGCCCUCUGAAAACUCCACCUCCCUGGAGAGGAGCUUUGUCUGCCGCUUCCGCUGCCUGCUGGACAAUUCUUCUGGGUUUCUGGAAUUGAAUUUCCACGGUCAUCUUAAAUCCCUCCCUGGGCCGAAUAAUAGGUCAGAAGAUGGCAUCCUCGUGUCUCCUCAGCUCACCCUGUUUGCUAUUGCAACGCCUCACCAACCUCUCACCAUCCUGGAGCUCCAAACAAAAACAUAUCUUUUCCAAACAAAACACAAGUUAGAUUUCACACCAAUAGCCUGUGAUUCCAGAGGGCAGGACAAAACCUACAAGGUAAUCCGGACAGCCCAGCCAGACUGCAUCGUUGCCAGACAGCGUGCCCUAACGAACGCGGAAGGGGAGGAGCACCUGCAGAAGCGGGCAGGGCAGCUGCCCUUCACCUUCACCACGGGGGAGGCCAUCUUGUAUGAGAGCAACCUCCCAGGCCUUCUGAACCCUAUCCCAACGACCAGGAAGAGGUCCAGGGCAAAGAAGGGCCCUCCCGCCGGCCAGGCUCCUGUGCACCCAGGGUCGCUCCUCGGAGCCAUGAUGCGGCAAGAUGAAUCCAUGUACUCAGCCUGCACUGCACCAACCCCUCAAGGCUCACCCUUGUCUAGAUGGGCUUCUGAUAAUGGAUGUGACAGCAAGGAGGAUGAAGAGGGGGAAGAAGGUAGACCCCUCCUGACCUUCAUCGAGACCCUACUGGAAAAGGAUACAGAAGAGCAGCCAGAUCUCUGCUUCACCCUUCAGCAGACAGAGGUCACUGACCUCACUCAGGAGAACUUCCUCAGAACUGAUUCAGACACUUCCGGGCCCCAGAACUGCCACUUGCUGCCACCUCGCCAGAGAGAAGAGCUCCAGAGGGAAGUGGGGGCAUUUUCCCAUGACGAGACGUGUGUAAGCUUGCCCUUACUGGCCAGCACAACUCCCCUGCUGGCCCUCAGGCCUCGGUCUUCUCAGGGCUUGGAUGAUGGAGCCAGGGAGCUGACCUUGCCUCAGAACUUGGGUGCUGUCCCCAGCCAGUCCCAAGUACAUCUGCAGCAUUUCCUUAUCCCUGGCCACGCACUCCUGGGUCCCCUUCAGAGUUCUCCCCAGGAGCAGGCUCCACACAGCCAGGCAGCACCUUCAGACUUCAGGAUGAGCCAGAAACAAAGGAUAUCUGACCACAACGAUGUUACCAGCCCACUGCCUGAGACCUCCAGCCCUAGGCGUCCUGCCCAGAGGUUCCAGCCUGCCUGCACAGCUGCACUCUCCUUAGGAGAAAAUGUUCUUGGACACCUGGACCAGGCAGAUCCUGGUGUUUUGGAUUUUUGCGAAGAAACUGUGCCUCAAACACCCACCCACAGUCGGUGUCAGGAGCCUCUGAUGGCCCCAGACCCUGCCUUUGGGACCAGCCCCUGUGGCUCCCAUCUCUCAGGCAGCAUUUGGGAUUUUUCCCUCCACAGCCAGCCAGUUGACCCUGUGGAACAACUCCCCAAGCACAACCCUCAGCUAUGGCCGAGCAGAGUCCCUGCGGCCGUGCCAGGACGCACCCGUGGACCCAGCUCCCACUGCUCUGGGCAGACCCUUGGUACCAUCCAGCCUGAGCCUGCCUUCCUGCCCUAA